GGCGUAUAACGUUCAAUCUUGUCGCCAAUCCGUCUUGAGGAGGACGUCCCUGGGAUCAGCAAAAUGGGGACCCUUAUAAACAACAUCACUCAGUUCUACCACUAUGUCAACGAGGAUCUUGCUGAUCCCCGGACGAACACGUUCUUCCUAGUAUCCAGCCCGUUUCCCAUCAUGAUCAUUAUGUACCUGUACCACCAGUUCGUGCGCAAGUGGGGCCCCGCCAUGAUGGAGAACCGGCCGCCCUUCGAACUCAAGAAACUUAUCACCCUGUAUAAUAUUAUACAAAUUUAUCUGUCCGGGUACAUCUCUAUACGUUGUCUGUUCAUUCUGUACCUGCCGGGGCACUACAGCGUCUGGUGCCAGAAGAUGGUCACAGACGAGUCGCCACUGGAGAAGAUCGUCAUACACCACGUUUACAUGUACUACGUCAUCAAAGUUAUUGAUCUACUGGACACGGUGUUCUUCAUUCUGCGCAAGAAGUUCUCGCAAGUUUCGUUCCUGCACGUGUACCACCACCUCGGCAUGUGCCUGCUCGGGUUCGUCGGGAACAAAUAUGUGCCAGGUGGUCACGGAGUGAUGCUAGGUUUCAUCAAUUCCGUGGUACACACGGUCAUGUACACGUAUUAUCUGAUCUCCGUGGUGCGGCCGCAGUGGGUGCGCCGAUGGUGGAAAAAGUACAUCACUCAGCUGCAGAUAUUACAGUUCGCCCUCCUAAUCUUCCACUUCGGGCACGUGCUGUUCGAGCCAUCGUGCGAGUACCCCAAAUGGGUCUCCCUGGUGUUCCUCCCCCACAACAUCUUCAUCCUCUUCCUCUUUCUGGACUUCUACUUCAAGGAGUACGUUUACAAGAAGAAAAAGACUAGUAGUAAGACUUCGUAGGUAAUAAAUUAUUUAUUUAUA